AUUGUUAUUAUGUCUGCGACACUAGAAACUGAUGCACUUUCCGAGUAUUUUGACAAUGCACCGGUGUUUUUUGUUCAAGGGAGAACAUAUCCAGUCCAGGUUUUUUAUGCAAAUUCGUUGGAUAAGAAAGAUGAUGAUUACCUUUUCAAUGUUAUUGCAACAGUACUGCAGAUUCAUCGUACCGAGCCGAUGAGAUCUGAUGUACUGGCUUUCUUAACGGGACAAGAAGAAAUUGAAACAGCUUGCAAAAAAAUCGAGGAAGCAUCUAAGCUUGUAACCGGUAAUAUUGUAGCUCUUCCACUGUACGCAAAUCUUCCACCGAUAACACAAAUGCGGGGUACAAGGAGAGUAAUAUUUGCGACCAACAUAGCGGAAACAUCUUUGACGAUACCGGGUAUUCGAAUUGUUGUGGAUAGUGGAAAAGUGAAAACUAAUUCAAAGGUUGAAGCCCGCAAUUUCCUUUUCCAUAAGGCAGAAGCUGUCGGUGUUGGUCGAACUGGUAGCAUUUUGCCAAUUGCAAGCACUAGUUGGCGAGGUCUCAGUGACUAUCUUUUUCACUCGCGAUUGAAGAACAGGACAUAUCAUCCUGAUCGUGGUAUCGAUGUGCUUCGGGUGGAAGAUGUUUCACAAUCUUCGGCUAUGCAGCGUGCUGGCCGUGCAGGCCGUGAAUCUCCCGGCAAAUGCUUUCGAGUUUAUUCCGAAAAACAUUUCUUUUCCUUACCAAAAAACACUACUCCCGAAAUAUUGCGCUCGAAUCUGUCAACGGUAAUGCUUUUUGCAAACUAA